UUAUUUAUCGGAUAAAACUUCCAGGACCUGCUAUUCUGGGUGAGGGAAAGCCUGAAAACCAAAAUCAUGCAAUCAUUUUCACUCGUGGAGAAGGUUUGCAAACAAUAGAUAUGAACCAGGAUAAUUACAUGGAAGAAGCCUUAAAAAUGAGAAAUUUACUGCAAGAGUUUCUUAAAAAGCAUGAUGGUGUGAGAUACCCUACCAUUCUUGGACUUAGAGAGCACAUAUUUACAGGAUCUGUUUCCUCUCUCGCAUGGUUCAUGUCAAAUCAGGAAAACAGUUUUGUGACUAUUGGUCAGAGACUGUUGGCAAACCCAUUAAGGGUUCGGUUCCACUAUGGUCAUCCAGAUGUAUUUGAUAGGCUAUUUCACCUGACGAGAGGGGGUGUCAGCAAAGCAUCCAAGGUGAUCAAUUUAAGUGAAGAUAUAUUUGCAGGCUUCAAUUCAACGCUUCGUGAAGGCAAUGUGACCCAUCAUGAAUACAUACAAGUUGGGAAAGGGAGGGAUGUGGGUCUCAAUCAUAUUUCUAUGUUUGAGGCCAAAAUUGCAAAUGGUAAUGGGGAACAGACAUUGAGCCGAGAUAUAUAUAGACUGGGACACCGUUUUGACUUUUUCCGAAUGUUGUCAUGUUACUUUACCACUGUUGGUUUCUACUUCAGCACUCUGAUCACUGUGCUCACUGUUUAUGUAUUCCUCUAUGGCCGCCUCUAUCUUGUUCUGAGUGGACUUGAAGAAGGUUUGAGUAAGGAACGUGCAAUUCGAGACAAUAAACCUCUCCAAGUUGCUCUUGCUUCUCAAUCUUUUGUGCAGAUUGGCUUUCUUAUGGCCUUGCCUAUGCUAAUGGAAAUUGGGCUGGAAAGGGGUUUCCGUACUGCACUAAGUGAGUUUGUGCUGAUGCAGUUACAACUGGCACCAGUAUUUUUCACAUUCUCUCUUGGAACAAAGACUCACUACUAUGGAAGAACAUUGCUUCAUGGAGGUGCAAAAUAUAGGCCUACAGGUCGAGGGUUUGUUGUGUUUCAUGCCAAGUUUGCUGACAAUUACAGGCUCUAUUCACGUAGCCAUUUUGUCAAGGGUAUAGAGAUGAUGAUCUUACUGAUUGUUUGCCAAAUCUUCGGUCAACCUUAUAGAAGUGCAGUUGCUUAUAUCUUGAUUACUAUAUCCAUGUGGUUUAUGGUGGGAACAUGGCUUUUUGCUCCAUUCCUGUUCAAUCCUUCUGGUUUUGAAUGGCAAAAAAUUGUUGAUGAUUGGACUGACUGGAAUAAGUGGAUAAACAAUAUUGGGGGCAUUGGGGUACCCCCAGAAAAAAGUUGGGAAUCAUGGUGGGAGGAGGAGCAAGAACAUCUCCGUUUUUCUGGAAAGCGUGGGAUCAUUGUUGAAAUUUUGUUAGCUCUGCGAUUCUUUAUUUAUCAGUAUGGGCUUGUCUAUCAUUUGACUAUUACUAAGAGGACCAGAAGCUUCCUGGUCUAUGGCAUAUCAUGGCUCGUGAUUUUUUUGAUAUUGUUUGUGAUGAAGACUGUAUCUGUUGGACGGAGAAAGUUCAGUGCAAAUUUCCAACUCAUGUUCCGGCUAAUCAAGGGAUUGAUAUUUAUGACUUUUGUCGCCAUCCUGGUUACUUUGAUUGCACUACCCCAUAUGACUGUUCAGGACAUAAUUGUAUGCAUUCUUGCCUUCAUGCCUACUGGGUGGGGAAUGCUCCUGAUUGCUCAAGCUUGCAAGCCUGUAGUUCAACGAGCUGGGUUCUGGGGAUCAGUUGGCACACUUGCUCGUGGUUAUGAGAUUGUUAUGGGCCUUCUCUUGUUCACCCCAGUGGCAUUCCUUGCCUGGUUUCCUUUUGUCUCAGAAUUCCAGACUCGUAUGCUGUUCAACCAAGCGUUCAGUAGAGGUCUGCAGAUUUCUCGUAUUCUUGGUGGGCAACGAAAGGAUCGUUCUUCCCGCAACAAGGAGUGAGACCUUAAUGGUAGCUACUAUUGUCUUCCAUGUAGAUUCAUCAAUUUCCCUGAUACAGUUGCACCAGGGGGCACUCAGGUCUGUUAAAAAUAGUGUCCAUAUCUAUUUGUAUGCCCGUUGUUGUUUGUGUUAGAUGAGGGCUGCAGUUUUGGGAACUGGAAAUUAGUGGAAAUGUAGCCUACCCUAAUCAUCUUACUACCAUUUUCCUGACAGAAUAGAUUAUCAGUCAGUAACGAGAGUGGCAUCAUGCUCGCCUAUGUACUAUAAAUAUAUAAAGCAUAUAAUUUUAUCUAA